GCCAAGGCACGCCAGUACGGUCCGCUCCUUACGCCCAGCUUGGGUAGCGAUCCGGCCCACCAAAGAUUCUGACCCCCACCCUCGCGAACCAAGGGCCCGCGGAUGCAGGGCGCGAUGGCCGCCCCAUCCGUGGACCCGGUCACGCGGCAGAUCAGCGGCCGCGCCGCCCCAGCCCCAGUCCCAGUCCCAAGCGGCCCCGAGAGCGGGCAGCCCCUGGCCGCCGCCGUGGCCGACCUGCCGGUGCUGGACGUCUCCGGGAGGCGGGUGCUGUUCGGCGCGCUGUUCCGGGAGCGCCGGGCUGUAGUGGUCUUCGUGCGGCAUUUCCUGUGUUACAUCUGCAAGGAAUAUGUAGAAGAUCUGGCCAAAAUCCCCAAGAGUUUCUUACAAGAAGCAAAUGUCACUCUUAUAGUGAUUGGACAGUCAUCCUACCAUCAUAUUGAGCCUUUCUGUAAACUGACUGGGUAUUCUCAUGAAAUCUAUGUUGAUCCUGAGAGAGAAAUUUAUAAAAGAUUGGGAAUGAAAAGAGGUGAAGAAAUUGCCUCCUCAGGACAGAGCCCCCAUAUAAAAUCAAAUAUACUCUCAGGAAGCAUUCGGAGCCUGUGGCGGGCAGUGACUGGCCCUCUUUUUGAUUUUCAAGGAGAUCCAGCUCAGCAAGGUGGAACACUCAUUUUAGGUCCAGGUAACAACAUCCAUUUUAUACACCGUGAUAGGAAUAGGUUGGAUCACAAACCCAUCAACUCUGUUUUACAGCUUGUAGGAGUUCAGCACGUGGACUUUACAAGCAGACCUUCAGUUAUCCAUGUGUGACAUUACAGACUCUGUCGCUUUCAAGUGGACCUUGGGAUAUGACCUGAAUUGUGGGAAUGCAGUAUACUUGUGCAGUGCCUAACUUGUUGGCUCUUCCCAGCCUUUGAGGAGUUAUGAAACCAUAAAGAGACCACCAGUUGAAUAGCAUGCUGAGAGGCAUCAGUUGUCAAAAAUGUGACAUAUAUUUAUAAUUUUAUAGCUUUUAAAGUUUUAUUUUCUAUAAAAAUUUUUGUAAAAAAGUUAAAUUUUAUUUUUGCAAAAUAAAACUUUAAAAGCUAUAAAAUUAUAAAUACCAUUCUUUAUUUUACAUUAUGAUAUAUCCAUUUAAUGAAGGUUUUUUUGGCCAUUAAAAUCAUAAAUUCUCAUGAAGAACAUAUAAAGAGAAAGGGAAGCAACACAAGACCAUUUUAUCCAUUGAGAAAAGCAGGAUCUCAAAUUCUGUAAACAGUAUAAUCACAUUUUUGUAUGUAUAUGUUUAUAUUUUUGUAUGCUUAGAAAGAUAGGAAGUAAACACACCAGAGUAUCACCAGUUAAGUAUCUCUAGGUGGUAAGAUUACAAGUGUUUUAAUUUUCUUUUCCAUACUUUUUUAUAUUUCCCAACUAUCCUAUAAUGAACAUGAUUCAUUUUUUUGGCAAGGAAAAGGUCUUUAAAAUUAUAUGAAGAAUAUACCCCUACAUAGCAAGCUCCACAAAGGUACAAUUAUAUAGGCUGCAGUCCACAAGUUUCUAUCCUGAUUGCUUUACUCAGAGGAAAUACAACAGAUCAAACCUUCACAGAGCCUGUGCUCACAGCAUCUUGACCACACACCCACCGUCCAUUUCACUAGGAUUUUGUUUGGGGAAACGGGGGCGGGGUUGCUGGUAAAAGGAGAGAAAUAUGUUUUAGAUAUUUAAGAUACGUAUUUAAAACAUAAUCAGUAUGCUUUCUGAAAGGAAAUUUUAAGAAUUGUUUAAACUAAAAAAAAAAAAAAACUUUGUAAUUUAAAUGUACACUGGUUAGGUUGUAUAUUCCUGGACAGUUUCUAUUUCUCACCUCCAAGUUUCUUUUAUUUAGCAGACUAUUGUGAUCUUUUAUUUUUCUGGAAUCAUAAUAUGUUUUGUUGGAAGUGUCCCAGGAAUUCUGUUGAAAAGUACAGCAAAAUUAAAGUAUUUGUAAUUAUUA